CAAACAAUUAUUCUGUUGUUACAUUCGCCUGUCUUCCUAAUUAUAUUAACUUAAAAAUGAUAAAGAGCAGUUUUAAACCUAGUCCUUUCAAACCUCCAUCAAGGAUACCUUUAAAACCAUCUACUAGUGACAACAUACCCAAUACAUCACAAGAAAAAAAAGUAAACCCUCUAACUUUAAAUCCAUCAAAGCGUAUUAAAGUCGACAAUGACUCUGCCGAUGAUGAAAACACUUAUCGUUUUGAACCUGAAGAUCCUGAGGAUGAAAAUCGUACGCGAAAAAUUCCAAAAAAUGAUUACAAUGACUCUUCUGAUACUGAUACAAGUCUUCCAAGUGCAAUUCGUUGCAAUUUAUCACUUCCCGCUCCUAUGAAAAAAUUUCAUAAACCUUUCAUACCUCCUACUUUUCUCAACCCACCUCCGUUCCUUCGAAAUCAAGAGGGCAUUCAGAAAAAGCGUCCUGGUCGGGGUCCUCGACAUGUUGUAAAGAAACCUUCGUUAGCUCCUGACGAGAUCGUACUUGAUAAACCUUAUAAACCCUUCAUACCUCCUACUUUACUCAACCCAUCUCUGAACCCUCUAAAUCAAGAGGGCAUUCAGAAAAAGCGUCCUGGUUGGGGUUCUCGACAUGUUGCAAAGAGACCUUUGUUCGAUCCAUAUGCUCCUGACGCGAUCAAUGAUCUUUCAGAAUAUUUUUCCUUGUUGAAUUUUGCAAACCCUAAUUUUCUUGGAACACCUAGCGAAUUUCGUAGAAAUUAUGAAAAUCCUAUUUUACGCGGGCGUGACGCUGAUGCUUCUGAAAAGGAGAGAGAAACUAGUGACCAAAAGCUGUCUGAAUUAUUGGAAGUUAAAUUAUGCAACCAUCCGGACUUGCUUGAUCUUCCUAAAGAACUUAGAGGGUCCCAAAAAUGCUUUCCUCCAGGGUAUUCAAUAAAAGACAAAGCGAGAACGGUCAAACCAGAAUUUUCAGGAAAAAUGCUUGUAUUGGAUAGGUAA